CUUCAAUGUUUCGGAGCAUCCCAGGUCAUCUUCACAGCUCCCUCCGAUAAUGUCUACAACACACCGCGCGAGUGCGAGAUUCGCCUCCGCUCUAUCAACACCAUCGCUCGCUGCACCUCGGAUAUGCAGAGUCGCACAGCGAACGCGAUGUCUUUCCACCACCCCUAAGCGCCAUCAAGAUCCCGUGGCGCCAGCGCCCAAGAUUCCCGCGAAUGCAGGUGCCAAUGUUGCGAAAGUGCAGCACGAGCUCUCCCCGAGCGACGAGUCCGAGCCAGCGCGGUCACUGACAGACGGACUGGACGAUCCACCGCCGGUGCUCAACGAGAAUGAGAAGCAGGUCGAUUGGACACGCUCAUUCCAUGGCCUGUCAUCUACGCCUUUCACCCCAGAGCAGGCCGCGAUUCUGCAAGAGCCAAUAGACUUUGAUGACAUCGAAAUCAAGCCAGAUGGCAUCGUCUAUCUACCCGAGAUCAAGUACAGGAGGAAGCUGAACAGAGCCUUCGGGCCUGGAGGAUGGGGACUAGCACCACGAGGAGAGACCAUUGUCACGGCUAAGGUUGUGACGAGAGAAUACGGACUCGUCUGCGGAGGACGUCUCGUCUCCAUCGCCCGAGGCGAACAACAAUACUUCGACCCCGAUGGAAUCCCCACAGCGACCGAAGGCUGCAAAUCCAACGCCCUGAUGCGCUGCUGCAAAGACCUCGGCAUCGCUUCCGAACUCUGGGACCCACGUUUCAUUCGCAAAUUCAUGGCCGAGAUGGCAAGAGAAGUGAUGGUGGAGCAUGCUGUGACAAAAAAGAGGAGAAAGCAUUUCAUGAGGAAGGACGAUGAGUUGAGAUUCCCGUGGAAAGAAGUCGGCCCAGCAGGCACUUCGAACAAAGCGAAUGCUGAGGGAACUCAUAAGACGCCGAGACCACCUGGAACACCUGCGACUGGGAAUGGCAAUGGUAAAGGUGUGGCAAGUGCUGCGUCGCAGGCGUUCCAAAAGGCAAAAGCACAAGCGAGCUCUGGUCAAGCAGCCGCGACGAAGAAGUGAGAGCAUUUGUUUCGCCCAUUGUACACAAUAUCCGGGGCCGAGGUUUGGGGCGACAUAUCGGUGUGAUGAGCAUGGUGCUCUCACCCGCACUCUCGAAGACGCGUCUUGUUACGUUGUCGAGGCAGCAUCUGUCAAGUUUCAGGAGGAGAAUUGAACCCUUUCCCAGCCCAGAAAUGUACAGCAUAGACGUCAGAGACGAUUUUCCACCUCCUGUACAAAUAACAAAAUCAUAACGCGGAACGAGGAUAACAUCGAUGUCCGUCCUUCAUUGAUCAGCACUUGAACCUGUACUUACUGCUAGGUACAAGUAGCCACUGAUCUUGACACAUCGGCCGAUCAGGCUUCUCAGUAAGCCUACUGGUAUGGGACGUGGAGGUAUUCGUUGCCGUGAACGUUCGCUAGAUUCCUUACCACACGGGACGUGUAAAUGAGAGCUGCCAGAGACCA